AUGGUUGAAGAAAAUAAAGAGAACGAAAGGAUUCACAAGGAGAACAUUCCGAAGAGUGCCGAAGCAGAUGAUGCAAGAGUCCACAAACAAGAGGGUGACGGAAGCAAAAUGAGUGAUGCUCCUAGCACCUCUCCACAAAAUGAAGAAAUUGAGCAAGACCCAAAGAACGAGGCCACUGAGGAACAAAGUAAGACCGAAGAGCUUCCUAAGAGGUCUAAACUGGUGGGUUUUGCUCCAGAACCACACGAGGACCUCAAAGAGCAUCACCAGUACCUUGACGUCAGAAAGAGAGACAAGCAGCAAAGCAACCCAUUUCAAAAAAUUCCACCUGAGUUGGCGUAUUUGGACUCCAAAUCAGACCAUCCAAAGCCAUUGCCCACGUUGACCAAUGUGUUUGAGCCAAAGGUGAAGGCUAAGCCGUUCAGUGAAAUGAGAGACAGAAGGUGUGUUGCAGUUAAGGAUAUCUCCGUGAUCAAUAAGCAGACAGAGCUUAAUUUUAAUUACUGGGAGACUCCAGACCCAUGCAAGUCCGAUUGCGUUCUCGUGGAUGUGAAGUUUGUAUCGCUAACAUCGUACGAUAUUUCCAAGCUCAGCAAAUACUUGGUCAAUCUAUCGAACACGAAGGUAGGGUUAGGAUUUGACUUCGUGGGUAAGGUGAUACGGCCAGGGCAAAAGUUUGAGGACUCUGAAUUCGCACCAGGAACAACUGUGUUCGGCGUCUUGAAUCCACAUGAUCGAAAAGGAUCACUACUGACUGCUAUUGUUGUUGCACCUGCAAGAGACAUCUUGAUAGCAGUCCCAGAUGAAGUAUUGACUCAAUUGGAAUCGUUGGACGUGACACUUUCAUUCUCUGCAUCCUCUGAGUUCACCAUAGGUGAUGCUGACGACAACGAUGCGAGAAGCUCCUCAUCAGAGCUAUUUCUGUCAAAUUCCGAUAUUCCUCAAGCCCGUGUCCCACAAGGAAAGAGCGACAGGGCCGUAACCAUUAAGCUGCUGGAUAUGAAAGUUGAGGUCCCUAAUUUGGCAAAGUUAACCGUUUUUGGAAGCUCGGUUUGCAGAGUAAAGCUGGCUCUUCUGUUAAUGGACCAAAUCUUUAAGCGUCAACACAAGGCAAAUAUCUUGAUCAAUGGCGGUGAUACACAUUUAGCAUACACCUUUAUUCAAAUUUUGUUUUCGAGUGUUUACAGCGAGAUUCUUGACGACUUAAAUGUUAUUUUGAUCGUGAAAGAAAGUUCGCUUGCUCGAAUUAAGAGCUUAGCUCUGAGAAUUGAAAGCAAAAGAAGCGGAAAAAUUCAUGUCAUAUCCUUUGAUAUGGAGAACGAGGAUAUUGUUCUUCCCAAUGAAAAGGUUCCAAUUAAUUACAAGAAGAUACCAUUUUUCGCUGCUGAAAUUAUCGAGGCCAUGAUUUCUGCUGUUCCAGCAAACGAGACUGUCAAUGCACAAAACAUCGAUAAAUGUAAGCUUGAUUUGUUCAUUGACAUCGUGGGAAGUAGAAAAAUGUUCCAGCAUGGCAUGUCUAUGACAUCCUUGAACGAGGUCAACUUCCCCUUCAAAAAGAAACUAUCUCCGGGAGUGAACAUGACAGACCUUUUUGGCAAAUCUAAAGGACCACUUUUUGAGAAGCUCAUGAAACCCAAGACAGAGGGAUGUUCAUUUGUGUCAUUUUGCAAAUUCACACUACCGGAACCUUCGUAUCUGAUUAGCAAUUUGGUGGAUUUCACAAGCAAAGAUCUUUUCAACCCGUGGUCUGCAAAGUGGCUGCAGGGAUUUGCAAAUCAAUUUGUCGCCAAGUACAGCUAUUAUGAGAAAUUUGACUUGGAAACCAAGAAAGCGUGGGUUGAAGAAGGAUUACGGCUACUAUUGAAGGGCGAAUUGAAGUUCGAUAUACAAGAAGUUGUGGACUGGAGACAUAACUUCAAAAAGCAUGUCAAUGAUUUGAAAAUACAUGAUGCGCAUGUUAUUUUUGAGAUCGAAACCUUCUAA